AUGACUUACGAAAUCGUCCCUGUCGCAACGGAAAAUCUCAAAAUCGAAGCCGAGGAGAAUUUUUUGAUCGAAGAAGUGGUCGAAGAAGACGAAAAUUUGGCUGACGAGUACACAGAAAUCGAAAAAUUAGACGAAACUGAGGAAAACUUCUUCGAAAACGCAGAAACUGUCAUCCAUUAUCAAUGCACGAUCUGUUCCCUGAGCAUCCCAAACAUUGACGAGCUCGUGAAACACAUGAACGAUUGUCACAACGACGUAAAUAGUGAGUGCCCGCUUUGUCAGAAACUUUUUACUGCUCAAGGACUGCAGCGGCACAUGCGAUAUCACGAAAAAUCGAACAUUUGUACGAAAUGUGGACACGGAUUUGCUGAAAUUUGGCAGUUAAAAGCCCAUUUAGAGCGAAAAAUCUCAUGUCUUGGUCCAACAAUUGAAGAUUUGCAGCAAGAUCCGACUUAUAUGUCGAAAGAAUUCGCUUGUGAACAUUGUCUUUAUCGAGGCGCCACGAAAAAUCAUCUUUCCCGGCAUAUAAGAAAUAAUCAUUUUGACACCCCGAAAGACAUUGAGUGUCCCGAUUGUGGAAAAAUUCUCUCAAAAUUGCAAUUUCAAGCUCAUAAGAGGACUCAUGUGAAGGUAAAAUGCGAUAUUUGUCACAAAAUCUUCACGAAUUCUAAAUUUUUCAAGAUUCAUUUGGAAAAUCAUGCGAAACCGAAGGAAAAUUUAGCGAAAAUCCCCGAGAAACCGACAGAAAAGGGGUUUGAGUGUCCCGAAUGUGGAUUUUUGACGAAAGAAAGGCGAUUUUUGGUGCAACAUAUGAAAGUCAAUCACGCUCCCAAAGACUUUGAAUGCGAAUUUGACGAAUGCAAAGGCAAAAAAUUCACAAAAACGCAACUUCGGCUCCAUCGGAGGUUCCAUACGUUGGCAUUCAAGUGCGAAAAAUGCGGCAUUGGCUUCCCGGACAAUCGAGAUUUGAAGAGACACUUAAACGGGAAGAAAUGCGGGCAAGAAAGAAAGUUACGAACGACAGGAGAUAAAGAUAAAACCACGAAAAAAGUUAAAAUUGAACCAAAAAAUGACGAAAUUUUGAUCGAAGAAGUCAUAAAUCCCCCAGAAAUCGAUGAAAUUUCGCAAAUGACCCCCGUUGAAGACCCUCCCGUCGAAAUCGAAGUCCAUCCACUCGUGAAUUCCGCACCAAAUGACCUGGGAAUCUUCGAAUGUGACAGCUGCAACUUUGAAACUGACGAUAAAGACGAGCUAAUGGAACACUGGAAUCAAUUUCAUGCACCGCGAGAUCAACCUUGUCACGAACCGCAAUGCAAGGGAAAGCUUUUUAGUAAGGCGCAGUUGAAGGUUCACAUGAAAUUUCAUCAAAAAAGUGAGAAAAUGGGACCAAAAUUGACAAAAGACAAGAAAAGUCGACUGAAAAUUGUGAUGGAUGGGGAUUUCCCGGCGGAAAUGGCAGAAAAUUCGUGGGUUUUUAGCUGUAAAGAGUGUGAAUUUGUGACUGGGAAGAAAGAAAUUUUCGACCAACAUCGAAAGAAAAGGCAUGAAAAGCAACAGAAAGUAGUGAAAACAGUUUUUCAGUGUAGCGAAUGUGAUUUUGAGACAAAUAAGGAGAUUUACUUGCAACAACAUGUUCAAAUGAAUCAUGAGAGUUAA